CAAAGAUUGUGCGCAACAACGAGUCUCGAGAUGUCUUAAGCAACGGCAUGCCAAGUGACAGUCGCUUUGGUAUAUGACCAUCGCGGACCCAGCAGCAAGAAGAAUCUCCACAGCAAAUCGCAUCGAAGCAGAACCCCAGAUCAGCUACAGUCACAAGCAUCAACCGUCGGAGAACAUGGUCAAACGCGCAGCUUCUCCGACGCCAUGGGACAAGAAAUUCAAAGCAAAAGUACAGCGAGCAGCUCGUAAAGCACCACCUUACCUUUUCGAAUUCGGUCUACUCCACGAUCGUACACACAGUGCAGUCUUCUCGCGCGGUCUUGUCAAGCCCCAAGCUUUCGACACUGGAGCCGUGCCCGACAAUAUCUUUGAGAUGCCACUCCAGCGAAUCAAAGAUCUCAACCGUGUCAGCUUCACCCGCAAGCCACCAGACCGCGUUCGUUCCGGUCUGUGGUCUAUCUGGGAACCUUCUCUGCAGUCCGUUGUCUGGCAAGCUAUUAGCUAUUGCAAGGAGAACAGGCAUCCGUCCGACGAAAUCUUCGUUGCUGUACUCGACACAAGUUGCAUCAGGCAAGGCAAUAUUGUCCUUCACGAGAAUGACUUUCAUCUCAUGCAGCAUGGCGCUGACGUCUUCGAGCCGAGAGACGACUGGUAUUAUGUUUACGGCUGUCUUUCAGAUGACGACUUUGCACUCGUUACUCUGAAUCAAAUUUGUACGCCACUGCCCCUGUCAAAGCUUUCCGGCAAAUACUUCGAACGAAACCAUGUCUCCCAGGUUGCACCAGCGGACAUCUUUAAUGACGAGGACUUUGCCGGGACCGACUAUUUCGCAGAUGAAAUUAUCCUGGCGAGAGCGUUUGGCGCCCUAUUCGGCCAGGACUUCGAGCUCCCGGUGGCAUGUAUGGCCAUUGCUUCGCUCUGUCGCCACGUUGAUAGUCACAUCAAAUGGCUCGAAGAUGAUUGCUCACUCAAAUCAGCAGUCGUGGCAGAAUUUCAAGAUUUCGAUAUCUCGGAGGAUUUGUUCAAGACCGUUCCGAAAAUCAAGGAAACCAAGUCGUCACUGCUUCGCGUUCCCGACGCUCGACGCGGCAUGAACUUGCUCAUUGCUGUUGUGAAACGCAAGCGUCAACUGCUCGACAGCAAUCGAGAAGCAGGUGUCCUCGAUAUUCAAACAGGCCUUGCUCAAUUCGCCGUGGGAAAUGGACAGCCGGACUAUGAGACCGACAGCGAUGAUGCGAGCUUUCAAUCGUCAGACACAGACCCCGAUAUAUCGGAUGACGAUGCCUCGUUCAACGACUCUGUUCAUGAUCAUCACGCCGCGCUGCCGCCUGGGAAGAUGGACGACGACACCAAGCGCGUACUGAUUGAAGCUCAGAGACGCACACCUCGAUAUCUAUUCAGAGCCUGGCAUGUCAACUCCGGUGGGUCCCGAGGGCUCAACACAACGAGAGGCAUUACACCGCUAGCAUUUUCCACCAAUGUGGUUGAUGCGUCAAGGACGAUCUACGACAUGACGAAGGCUGAGCUACGUGAAAACUGCGACCGUCAGCUUACCGGGUACAGGAUCCCGCCUUUCCGUACCCAGUUCAGCUCAUGGGCUGCUGACAUCAACACUGCUUUCAACUUUGCAAACAGUCACAUGGCGCACAAAUACUUCAUCGGUAUCAUCGACACGACAGAACUGUCCCAUGCCAAUUUCAUUGUCCACGUACCGUCUCUGGAACCGAUACUUGGCCAUCGGGCGUAUGCGCACGAGUAUCUUGCAUACGGCGUCAUCACAGGACCCGCAUACAAAGCAGUUUCAUUCCAAGACUUUUGCAAUAUCGGCGUUGGAAAUACUCCUAUUUUAUCUGAAUGGCGCCUCUACAGAUCAGCGCAGUGGGCACGUUUCCGCAACGACAUGACACAGCAGCAGAUCGACGACGCCAAAACUGUGGCGUUAAGGUAUGGCUCCAAAUUCGCGGCAGCUGUCAUGAUCGCCAUUCUUUGCAUCGAACAACGCGAUGGCACAUUUUGGAGGAAUGGUCUCAAAGGACACGCCGUACUGCUCAACAACAAUAUGCUGGACCUUCCUAUCCCUUCUCAGCUUUGCGGAGAUGAAGGAAUUCUGACGGAUAUAGUGUACACAACUGGCUUUCGCGGACUGGAACAGAUGAUUCGCAUGCUGAGAGCAAUCGUGAACUUGCGACAUGGGAAAGGGGCUCGGUCGAGACAACUUGUGGCGCCUUGGGCAUCUUGA